CACUCUUCCGCCAACAAACAGCGGGUCGUUGAAGAAGUAUCUUCUGAGCUACUUUGACAUUUAAUGUGAGCAGUAGCAAACUUCACAUAAAGCGGACAUUUUCUAAGGCUGUGCACAGCUGUAGUUUCAGCUGAUGGAGAACUUCAUCCUGUAUGAGGAGCUGGGGGCAGGCAGCAGCUCUGUCGUCUAUAAAGGAAGAAGGAAGGGAAAUCUCAACUAUGUGGCUGUCAUCUGCUCCGACAAAGCCAAGAGACCUGAGAUCACUAACCACGUCCGUCUCAGCCAGGAUCUCGAUCAUCCAAAUAUAGUGUGCUUCUAUGAGUGGUAUGAGACAAGUAACCACCUGUGGUUGGUAGUGGAGCUCUGUACAGGUGGUUCACUGGAGUCUGUAAUUAGUCAUGAUGGAAGUCUGUCUGAAGAUGUAGUGAGAAGUUUUGGGUGGGACUUAGUCAAAGGCCUGAAGCACAUCCAUGAAUUAGGCAUCAUUGUCUCUGACCUGACCCCUGCUAAGAUUAUGCUAGAUGGCAGUGGCAUUCUGAAGUUUGGUAACUUCUGCCUGUCAAAGGCAGAAGGAGAGACACUGGAGGAUUUCUUUACGUUGCUUUCUACAUCUGAGGAGACGAGGAAUGGAGAUACCAAGGACAAAUAUAAUAUGAGAGAAAGAUUAUACGGUUCUCCAGUGUACACUGCACCAGAGGUUUUGCAAGGAUCAGAAACCAAUAUAAGCUCUGAUCUCUGGGCUCUUGGUUGUAUUCUCUACUACAUAUACACUGGAAAACCUCCCUUUUACUCUGAUAGCUACACUGAACUGACAGAAAUGAUUUUGCAUCAGGAGCCACCACCUCCCAGACAGACAGUUUUGUCUGCAGGUCCUCCCAGUCAGGACUUCCAGUUUCUUCUGAAAGGCUUGCUCAACAAAAAUCCACAUAAGAGGACGGAAUGGCCAGAAUUACUGGAUCACCCUUUCUGGGAACAAGUACGAUGUAAGGAAGAGGAUGGAAAAGAAGGUGAAGAGGAGGACGAAGGAGGAGAUGUUGAAGAAGACAAUACCUCUGAAGGAGUUAGUUCACUUAGCUUGAGACAUACAGGGAUGUGUGACCUCCACCCUCCAAGACAGGCAGACGAACAGCCCAACAACCCCAUGACCAACACACAGCCAGACUAUACAGUGUCUAAGAAAGUGGUUUCAUCGCAUGCAACAACGGACAAAGCAUCUGACACAAGGAGUGACAGCCAACAAUCCAUAAAAAAUAGCUUGGAUGGGGAUGUAGGUAAGGAAAGAAGAGGAGAGGGGGAGAGAAAGACCGAAGAAUAUCCCAAACUAACUGGAGCCCAGCAGUUGUGCCACACAUUGCAGCCCAAUAAGUCAUUCACAAGAGAUAAUGUAUCAGAGCUGAGACCAAAGAGCGGUGUGGAUGACGAGAAUACUGAGGCAAUUUUUCUGUUAAGUUCUUGUGCCAAGUCCAGAAGGAGCUGCAGGACCCCUGACUGUCCAAAUCAGAACCCUCCCCCUCAGGUCAGUACUGGUCCAGACGUCACAGUGUGUGUGAAGGAUCUUCUCUAUACUGAGUCUGAUCUGACUGUCUCUCCGAUCAUUGACAACCCCAAGAUUCUUAAAGGCACUCCUGUGCGAUUUGAUGCUAAAACCCUGAGUGUGCCAGCAUAUUCAGUUGAGAAGCUGCAGUCUCUGAGUGAUGAGGAAUGGUCUGUCUUUCUGUUACAACUGUCUUCAUCCCUUGAAGGGCAGAGCCCCUCCACUUCUGUCUUCUCCUCCAGUGCUCCUCCCUCCACAGCCAUUCGAUCCAGACUCAACCUGCUGUGCUACCUCUGCUGCGUGGUUGGACAUGAAGUUAUCGCUAACAGGCUAAUUAACUCAACACUGCUUCUCGUAUUGACCCAGCAGUUGCGACAGGCUCCUAACUGGGAUGUGCGCAGCAAGGUUCUCAGAGUGAUGGGUCUGCUGGCUCUGCACUGUAGUGACCUUGGAGAUGACAGUCCUGUUUCUGAGGCUGUGUCCACACUGACAGACCUGCUGAGGGAUAAUCUGAGGAACAGUAAAAUAAAGCAGUUCCUGCUGCCACCGCUUGGGGAGUUCCUCUACCUCAUCUCCUCCCAGGAGGAGAAGAGAGGCUCCCCAGAGGGACUGUGGUUCGUUCCCGCUGCCGCCUACACUGGCUUAAUGAGGAGCCUGCGGGAAGGGGAUAAUUCUGUUGUUCAUCAUAUGGCUGCAAAAGCCAUAGAGAACAUCUCCACAACUGUGUCUGGCCCCACUCACCAACUGGUUACCACGGAGAUUGGCUCUGCCCUGUGGUACCUGUUCACCCACUCCACCGUGGAAGCUGUCAGAGUCACGGCCAUCUCCUCUCUUUCAAGGCUAACCCGGGUGGUCCCGGCAGUCUUCUUAGCAGUGAUUGACACCUGUGGCCCUGCGGCCAUCUUGGAGGAUGUAGGUGCAGCCGGGGCCAGGGUGCAGCAGCACCUACUCACUGCUGUAGCUGCUUCCUUACUCACCUCACGCAUCCAAACACACCGGAUCACACAGAGCAAGGAUUUGGUGUUGAAGGUGCUGCGCUGUUUAGAGAGUCCAUCUACAGUAACAAGAGCCAAAGCAUUGCUCCUACUACUGCUACUGAUACAAGACAACACACACACUCUGCUUUACUGCUGCCAACACAGACUUGUGAUGUAUCUGGAGAGAGACCUGCGCAAAGCCACUCCUCUCAGGGAGAACAGCAGCCAGUCAGGACACCUGUCCCAGUGUCUGGAUUUACUGAUUGUGCAUCUGAGUGGCACUGCACCAGUGAUAAUGGAGGACGUCUUAUCUGCUCUGAAAGGUGUGAUUGGAAGGAGACACCCAUCUACAACUCAGAGUAGACAGCUUAAACAAACUUUGCCUACUAUGUCCAUCGUGCUAGAACUUCUGUCAUCUCAGGUCUUUAGAUCUCAAAUCGUAACUGAAGAGUUUCUGGCUCAAAUUGGAUUGCUGCUGAACUAUAUUGCCUCUGUAGAGUCCAGUGAAACUAAUCUGGCCAGUGCUGUAGGUGCAGCAAUAUGUGACGAGUUGAUUAGAACAACGCUGUCCCUGGCAGAGAUCCUGAGUCAGCACCACGUUCUCAUCACUCCUUUUCAUAGUGCUGUUGUGGAUUCCAUCCUGCCACCUCUGACAACACUGGCUUUCAGCAAAAACGUGGAGUGGUCUGUGUUUGUUUUGAGGGUGUUGUCUGAACUUAGUGUAGUCCUGCUGGUCCAGGAUGGAGACGAUGGCCGAGAGGAGAAUAAAGAGAGGACAGAAAAGAGAGGAGGGGCCACACAAGGAAGAGAGGAUGAAAGCUCCUGUUGUCCAGUCGUAUCUCUCAUCUCUCAAUCUCUGCUUUCAAGGUACGAGUCUCUUCUUCGUGCUGCUGAACCUGUUCCCCUCUACGCACUCAAACUGCUGGUGUCGAUGACUGAACACAGCACUCAGAUCUGCAGGUUGAUCAAACAUAGUAAGAUGCUACCAGGAGUCUUCCAGCUCCUUACGGCCAACAGCAGCAACGUUACCAGUGGGAUUGUCCAGAAUGCAGUUGUGUUGCUGUGUAAUCUUAGUGGGGACACGGUCCUGGAUCAGAAACCUCUGUAUGAGCAAGGACUUAUUGAGGUGGUGGUAAAGACGUUCACGGAAGCUGCGCUAGUGCACUUGGACGGAGAGGGGCAUGCUGGGAGGAAGGUCAGCCAUCUUGUGUUACAAGCCCUUUUGGAACUGCUUCACAACAUCCUGAAGCAAACCUCAGUUGUUGUCCGCUCCGCACUGCAGAGCCAGAGGCUAUCUUGUCCAGCAGCAGAGACGGAGGCAGCAGAGGAGCUGCUCCUCGCCAACAGACCCCUGAGUCAGCUCAGCACACACCUCAUCCACACGCUGGCUACUGACAACCAGGAGGUGUGGGAGGAGUCUCUCCAGUGUUUGUCCCUGCUGGUCCAGCUAUACGGCGGAGAGGGUCACGACUGCCUGUCACCUUCCUGUUUGCAAAGCUUCUCACGGACGCUGCACACGCACAUGCACACCGAGAGCCCGCGAGCACAGCGCACCACGCUGAGGAUCAUUAAACGACUGGUCCAGACUACAGACAGAUCUGAUUGGUUAGGAUGUCCUGAAGGCGCGGCGCUAAUGAGUCUGCUACAGGACAUGACUACUUCCAACAGAUGUCACGUCGAUGUGGUCCCAUUGGUUGCUGAACUCCUGCAGGAGAUCUCUGGAUCCUGAACAGCUGUUCAUCUUCAGACCUUCAACCAAAGAUGGUCCAACGUUUGGAACUUUUUACCCACUUGGACUUAAAUGAUCGGUAAUCCGCGUUUUGUAAUGGAAACCUGUUUUAUACAUAAUAUAACAAACAUUUUGUUUUUGUUUUUUGAUUAAAUUAUCUUUAGACAUUA